AUGCACGUCCUCUCUCGUCUCGCCGCCGCUCUCCCCUUGGUCACAACCACCAUCUGGGCCCUUCCAACAACAAACACCUCUACCCCAUCAACCCUGUACGUGUCACACUACGACGGCCAUGUCUACACACUCUCCCUCGACACCGCAGCCCGCAAGCUGACACUCGCAAACUCGCUGCAAGCCUGCGGCGAAAUGCCCAGUUGGGUGACCUUUGACGCCGGCAGCAGCACACUCUACUGCGUCGACGAGUCUGGCAGUAGCGCAAACUCUGGAAAUGGCACGCUGUCUAGUUUUGCUGUUGCGGCCAAUGGCUCGUUGAGCCAGACUGCCAAAGCGACUACGUUGCCUGGUGGUGUGGCCAGUGUGAUUUAUGAGGAUAAUGAUGGGAGGGAGUAUUUGGCUAUUGCGCAUUACGAGGGAUCCGCCGUGUCCAACUUCAAACUGCCCAUCACCGAUGACUCGACUGCGCUGCAGACAUUUGAAUUCACACUGCCCGGUCCCCCCACCGACCCUUCGCGCCAGGACGCGCCUCACCCUCACGAGACCUUUCUCGAUCCCACGGGUGCAUACGUGCUCUCGCCGGAUCUGGGAUCUGACCUAAUCCACAUCUUUGCCAUUGACAAAGCCAGCGGAGAACUCAACCAAUGCGAUGCCUUUGCCGUCAAGGGCGGUAAUGGGCCGCGACACGGCGCGUGGUGGGCCAAAACUGAUGGUGAUGACAGCAGCAAUAAUGUCUAUGCGCUCUAUAUUUCCAAUGAGCUGGCCAAUACGGUUAGUAUCUACAAUGCCUCGUACAAGGACAACUGUCUUGUUCUCAAAGAGAGUGACGAGAUUGUGCCGUACCCCAAGGAAGUCCCGAGCACAGCGAAUGUCGCCGAAGUGCGUAUUGCUGGGGACAGGGAUGUUUAUGUCUCGAUGCGCAAUGACCAGGCGUUUCCUCCCAAUGACUCGAUGGCGUUGCUCCAGGCGUCGGUUGAUGACAGUGCGUUGACUUAUACAAACCUGACCACCUCGUACGGCAAGACUCCGCGCACGUUUGUCAUCAACAAUGCCGGCACGCUGCUCGCCAUUGGCAACCAGGCCUCGUCCGACGUCGCCAUUGUCGAGCGCGACCCCAAAACCGGUGCCCUCGGCGAGCUUGUGGCCCAGCUUCAAGUCGGUGCCCAGGGAACCCCCGGUCAGGCGGAUGGCUUGAGCAGCGUCAUCUGGGCUGAGUAA